AUGGCUCUGCAAGACUUGCUGCACCGCCGGCCCCGCUCCCCGCCGCCUCCGUGGCCCCUGCCACCCCCCUGCCUGGCGCCUGCUGAGACCCCCUGCCCCCUGCCCCACGGCACCACCACGCUGGCCUUCCGGCUGGCCCAGGGCGUGGUGGCAGCGGCUGACACCCGCUCGUCCUGCGGCACCUACGUGGCCUGCCCAGCCUCCCGCAAGGUGCUGCCCGUCCACGCCCGGCUGCUGGCCACCACCUCGGGGACCUCGGCUGACUGUGCCACAUGGCUGCGGGCCCUGCGCUGCCAGCUGGCCCUGCGGCGCCAGGAGGACGGGCGGGAGCCUGGCGUGGCCGAGGCGGCGGCGCUGCUGGCAGGUGGGCUGCGGGCACAGCGGGGGCGCGGGCUGUGUGUGGCCGUGGCGCUCUGUGGCUGGGACCGAACUGGCCCCGGCCUCUGGUACGUCUACAGCGACGGCACCCGCCUGCCCCUGGACGUGGUGGCCGUGGGCUCCGGCUCGCCCUACGCCUACGGGCUGCUGGACGGGGCCUACCGCCCCGACAUGCCGCCUGCCGCCGCCUACGCCCUGGCCCGCCGCGCUGUGGCCCAUGCCACCCGCCGUGACGCCUACUCUGGGGGCUGCGUUGAUGUCUUCCACGUGCGCCCGAGCGGCUGGGUCUGGGUGUCCCACAGCGACGUGGGGGAGCUGGGGGGCCUGGCCCGGGCCUUGGGGCCCACCAAGGAGGAGGAGGAGGAGGGAGCAGAACAGACCAGUGUGGACCAGUAUAAACCAGCAGGAACCAGCCUGGAGCGUCAUUAG